AUGUCAGUUUUAGUCUAUUCCCUUUUGAAUACUGUUAUCAUUCGUGUAAACAAUCUUAUUGCGUGGAAGGUUCAUCCUCAAUUCGUCCAUUCGACCGCAGGCGUGUGUGGUUUGGAAAGUGGUCUGUGGUCUAACUGCCUUCUACUUGUCGAGAUUAAUAAAACAUAUCAAACUAAUUUCUACUGGAGAUCUGAAGAAACCGGUAUAAGAAGUAUUGUCGAGCAAUCUUCACUUGGAGGCAGACAGGUCAUAGAGACAGAUCUAUAG